ACAAAACCCCACAUUAUCACAAUUAUUUAAUACCCAAAAAAUCCAAUCACCUCAACUCUACUUUCACUUCUAUUCAUCUCUAUCUUGUCUUCUCUUCUCUUCAUAAUAGAGUCCUCUUCUCUUCUCUUCUCUUCUAUUAAACACAAGAACUUCAACAAGACAAAAUGUUCUCAAACUUUCAACAACAACAACAACAUAACCUUUUCCAAUCCUCUCGUGAAUGCCAAACAUCAGAAGAAGAUGAAACCCGAAGCAGCGGUGGGCCAAGCCCAAUAACAGCCCACAAGCCAAGUGGCGGCGACGGUUCCACUGUUGAGAUUGGUCGUAGGCCAAGAGGCCGUCCACCUGGCUCCAAAAACAAGCCCAAAACCCAAAUCAUAGUUAAUCGUCAGCCCGAGCCCACGAUGAGCCCACACAUUCUUGAAAUUCCCCAAGGCAGCGAUGUUGUUGAAGCAAUAGCCCGGUUCAGUAACCGAAGAAAAACCAGUUUAUGUGUAUUAACCGGUUCAGGUACCGUCUCUAACGUUACACUCCGUCAAAUAUCUGCUCCUCCCGGCACUACCGUUACUUUUCACGGCCAUUUUAACAUUCUCUCAAUCUCCGCUACGUUCUUCUCCAUGUCGGAACCCUCACCGCCGAUCCAAAAAGAAUUCUCGAUCUCUCUCGCCGGACCUCAGGGUCAGAUCGUCGGAGGGUUUGUCGUUGGACGGUUGCUUGCCGUUGGUCCGGUGUUUGUGAUUGCCGCUUCUUUUAACAAUCCAUCUUAUCAUAGGUUACCUUUGGAAGAGGAUGUUAUGAAUAAAUCAGUCUCCGGUGGUGGUGGUGGUGAUGAGAAGUCCCCACCGCAGCUCACCGGCGGUGGCGAGUCGUGUAUGUAUAGUGCUCAACUACCUUCGGAUGUGAUUUGGUCUACAACGCCAAGAACACAUUUCUGAAUUGUAAUGAAUAAUCACUUUUUGUUGCUAUUUUGCAAUUUUCUUUGGUCUUGAUUGGUUUAGUUGUUGAUGGUUUUGUAGAAAUUAACGGUGGUUUUGGUAGAUUUGUAUUAAGUCUAGUAAAUUAAUGAUUAAUUAAUUAUACUACUUA